UCCCUUCCUUUUCUUUCUAACAGGUUUGGCUUUUGACACUUUUGACCCUUCAGUGUUUUGGGGUUUCCUUCUUAAGGCUUCCUUGGGGAACAGGGACAGGGGCGUCCCUCUCCUUUGGGGUUAAAGGAGGGGAUAUGCCCCAAGGGAAGGGUUCAAUGCCACCCAUAAAUAAGCCCCAUAAACCGUCCCAAACGCCUGUGUCGAAAUCUUUUCUGGCCAGACAGCUCUGAAAGACACGCCGGGAAUGUGGCUGGCCCUUUCCUUGCACUGAGUCAACUCCCUUCGGUUCCAUCUGGUCCUGGCUAGAAAACACAGGGAAAGGUCUUCCCGGUUUGGACCGUGGCAGGGCUUGAACUCAGGACCCGUCGAGCCGUUCCCUUCAACCGACGAAGGUGCCUUUCCAGGGGCUGAAGCCCAGCCCUUGUGUGGCUCCUUGGGAGCUUUGCUUGCAGAAGGUCUCGGGUUCAGUUUCUGGCACCUCCAGGUAAAGGUUGAGGAAGACGCCAUCUGAAACCCGGAGGAACUACUACUACUCCCACGGGUUGCAGACCGAGUUGUUGGGAUGAUCCUCAGGGACACGUCAACUUGGAUAACUGAGAUCUUCUUCUGACGCAAGGCCUUUGAGGAGCGCAUCCAGCCAUGGAGGCGGAAGGGGAGGUGGAAAAGAUCAGCAUCGUUGCCGAAAACCAUCAUGAGGGUGAGGCGGGAGACCAGGCGGCAGGUCUUCUGGGCUCCUCGAAGGCUCUUCCAAUCACCUGGCAGCACAAAUGCGCCUCCUAUGUCCUGGCGCUCCGUCCGUGGAGUUUCAGUGCCUCUCUUACUCCGGUGGCCCUGGGCAGUGCCCUGGCUUACCGCUCCAGAGGGACCUUGGACCCAGGGCUCCUGGUGGGCAGCGCCGUGACCGUCUUGGCCGUCCAUGGAGCCGGGAACCUGGUCAACACCUAUUACGACUUCUCCAAGGGCAUCGACCACAAGAAGAGCGACGACCGGACGCUGGUGGACCAGAUUCUGGAGCCCCAAGACGUUGUGAGGUUUGGGGUCUUCUUGUACACUCUGGGCUGCCUCUCCGCUGCCUGCCUCUACUGCCUCUCCACCCUCAAGUUGGAGCACUUGGCCCUGAUCUACUUUGGAGGCCUCUCCAGCUCUUUCCUCUACACCGGAGGUAUUGGCUUCAAGUACGUGGCCCUGGGCGACGUGGUCAUCCUCAUCACUUUUGGGCCCUUGGCAGUGAUGUUCGCCUAUGCCGUCCAGGUGGGCUACCUCUCCGUCUCGCCAUUGCUCUACGCCGUUCCCCUGGCCCUGAGCACCGAGGCCAUCCUGCACAGCAACAACACCCGGGACAUGGAGUCGGACCGGCAGGCCGGCAUCGUCACCUUGGCCAUCCUCAUCGGCCCCACCUUCUCCUACAUCCUCUACAACACCCUUCUCUUCCUGCCCUACCUGAUCUUCUGCGUCCUGGCCACCCGCUACACCAUCAGCAUGGCCCUCCCCUUGCUCACCAUGCCUAUGGCCUUCUCCUUGGAGAGACAGUUCCGGAGCCAAAGCUUCCUCAAGAUCCCCCAAAGGACUGCCAAGCUCAACCUCCUUUUGGGACUCUUCUAUGUCUUUGGCAUCCUCUUGGCCCCACCAGGAGCACUCCCAAAGCUUUAGGACAUGUGGGUCUUUGGGGCCAUUUGUGUGGCCCUUGGGAUCAAACAAAAAGGGCAGAGCAUUUUAGGAGGUUUGCAUUGGGACAUCUUUGCCACAUUCUUAAACAGAAAGUGAUGUUAAGUCAUUACCUGUUGCUAAAGAGAGGUCUUUUAGGGGCCUAAAAAGACCCACACAUCCCCCCUAAACAUGGCAAAAAUGUCCCCAUGCUCCCUAGAGGCUUUUUGGGGCAAUUUUGGAUUAUUUUCAGGGGUAUUUGGGGGUAUUUGUGGUUGUCCAAUGUGGCAAGCAAAACCUCUGGGUCCAGGAGGCUCAAGCAGAAGGUUUAUCAGAAAGGAGGGCAGGAUUUAAAACCUGGGUUUUCCCAUCCAUCUUGUCCUGAAACCCAACAGGAGUUUGUGGGUUUUUGCCUUCUCUUGGACAAAAAUGAACUUGCCAACAGUCUGGAUGGUCUCUGGAGUCAUGAAUGGAAUUUGUGUUGACAUGUUUUCAACAUGGAGGAGACUUGUAGCCUUCCAGCUGUUCUUGGAUUGCAACUCCCAUCCACCCUUUAAGGCAGAUGGGAGUUGCCUUAGAUCAGGAUCCAGAGGGACUGAGGUGGUUCAUCCUUUUUUCUUGCAACAAGCCAUGAGGAAAAGGAGGUUUCUAAAGGUUUGGGUUAUUUUUGCACACUUCUGAUGUCGUUUCAAACGUAUAUAUUGUUCACUUAGCGUUGCAGGAUGGGGCUACUCCAUCCUUUGCAAUGCCUUUUUAGAAAAUACUGUAAAGCUCAUUUUCA